AUGAUCGAUAGCAAAGAGACCAGGCGAGGAAACAAAAAGGAGGAGACACGAAAGGUCAUGCAACAUAGAACGUUCAAGAGACUGCUUCGCGACGAAGAUACAACGCCAUACCACGCGAUUUGUGUAAAACUGAAGAAAGCCAUCGAUCGUCAAAAGCAACUGAUCAAGGAGUACUUGGAGGAGAAGAUUGAGUCGUUGUUCCAGGCCAUCGGUGAUGAUCUGAAGCGAUUGGGAGUGGAGGAGGCGAGCCUGGACCACGACGAAGACCGCGACGUUCGUGAGUCGAUUGGCAGGACGCUUUCGAAGGCGAAGGAAGAUCUUGGGACGAUUGAGGCGUUGUUGAAGGAGAGCGGCGUUGAUUGCGAUGGUAUCAAGGAUCAGUUGACGUGA